CAGGUGGAGAAGAAGGACGCUGGAGAGUACACCUGUGAGGCCGAAGGCCAGAAACUGACCUUCAAGGUUCUUGUCACUGAGAUGGAAGAGGUGUUUGCAAACAAGGAGAAGGUGCAGAAGGAGGUGAAGGCCGUCCUGACAGAGAGCACCAUUCUGAGCUGUGAGGUGGCCCAGGCCAAGACUGAAGUGAAAUGGUACAAGGAUGGGAAACUGAUCACCUCCAGCAAGAAAUUCAAGGUGGAGUCUGAGGGCAAAUCCCGGCAUCUAGUUGUGGAGCAGGUGGAGAAGAAAGACGCUGGAGAGUACACCUGUGAGGCUGCGGGCCAGAAACUGACCUUCAAGAUUGUUGUCACAG